GCUGAUUUGGGUCCAGACACUGAACACAGGUUGUGUGUGAAGCACUUAUAUGGCAAUUUCAGGAAGAGGUUCCCAGGUGAAGAGUUGAAGAAUACUUUAUGGUCUGCUGCAAGGGCUAGCACAUAACCAGAAUGGAAAAAAGCUAUGGAUAACUUGAAAGAAUUGAAUCAGGAUGCUUGGCUGGAAAUGAUGCAUGUGCCUCCAAAAAUGUGGACAAGAUCAGCUUAUAGCCCACACACACACUGUGAUCUCCAAGUUAACAACAUGUGUGAGGCAUUUAAUAGGUCAAUCUUGGAGCAUAGAGACAAGCCUAUUAUCACUUUGCUCGAGGGGAUCAAAUUUUACCUCACUAAUCGCAUUGUCAAGCAGAAAGAUCUAAUGCUUAGAUGGAGGAAUAGUCAGUUGUGCCCUAUGAUUCAGCAAAAACUUAAUACUGUGAAGGACCAUUCACACAGUUGGAGACCUAACUGGAAUGGUGAUAUUGGUGAUGGACUAUUUGAAGUUCAAAGGGACAAUGAUAAGUAUGCGGUGAAUCUAGUGCAGAGGACAUGUGCUUGUAGGAGAUGGGAUCUGACUGGGAUUCCCUGUGUGCAUGUUGUGGCUUGUAUGUGGUAUAAUAACCACAUACCAGAGAAUUAUGUGGACAUUUCAUACAAGAGGUUCACUUUUCUGAAUACAUAUUCCCACAUAAUCCUCCCAAACAAUGGGCCCAAAUUAUGGCCAGAUGUGGAAGCACCACCUCUGAAUCCCCCCUAUGUGAGGAGGGCCCCAGGAAGGCCCAAAAAACAGAGGAACAAAAGAAAUGAUGAGCCUAGGAACCCUACUAGGAUGAGGAGGAUUAGUUCAACUGUGAGAUGUAGAAGGUGUGGAGAGCCUGGACACAAUAAGAGAACCUGUAGAGGCAAAACAGCAGUUAAUAUAACUAUCCCAGUUGGAGGGAAUCAGGUAAACAAAUUGUUUAUAAGCUGUGAAUGA